AUGAAUAUAAUUUGCUUUAAUACAUAUAUAUUAAUAUGCCUGCUGACACGAGGUCAUGGGAAUCUCUUUUUAAAAGUAAGAGCGGGCGAUGUAUCUGAUGAUGGUGGCGAAAUAGCUUCAGUUGAUCAAUCUGAUCCCAGUUCUUCUUCACUACCAGCUAAUUUAGAGUCUGAAGAGGAUAAAAAAAAAGCUUUAGAUAAGAUUAUAGCUAUUCUCGAUGAAGCUAUUAAUGAAUCCGCUUUAGCUUUUCCACCGUCAGAAUCAAAAGAUAAAGAUUCGUCUGAAGUUAUUAAACUUUAUAAGGAGAAUGAUUCAAUAGAAAUGACCAAUAAUGACUUUCUUCAGGAUGAUUUUAUGGGUAAUUAUACGUAUGCUUUCAAACCUGGUGUCGAAUGCAUUUUGGUUAUGUUCGAUGAUAAAAACGUUUGGAGAAGGGGAGAUGGCAAGGUUGAUUUGCCUAAAUCUGUAACAUAUGACACCGUUUUGUCGGAAGUGGCCGUACGCGACGCCGAAAAAACAGCUUUUUUUAAGAAGGAUGAGGAAACAGGUGAAUGGAAACACGUUGUUACUAUGUCUAGAGAAAGAAAACCUAAAGUUCUUCAUAGAAGCUCAUAA